UAACUCGCCUGUCUGGGCACGGGUCUGGAGAUGAGCGAUCACCGCGGCCCAAUCAGCGGCUUUGUGUUCCCUGCCGGUGCCGGGGCUGGUCGUGUCAAGCUGUGGCUGCGCUUCAGGAUCAGAGACCGAAGCCCGAGCUAGUGGAACCUGAAGGAACGACAGUCAGCUAAUUUGAGCUUGUCUGGAGAAGCCUGAGUGCCAGCACUGAACAGCCUUCCUCAUUCAAAUCAUGUGACCGUGUGACGUUUCAACUCUACAUACGAGGUGCAUCUCGGACAGUGCGGAGGGGAGGAGAUCACGUUGUCAGACAGUGACAUUAGUGUAUCUUUACCUCCUAGCAAUAGUAGUAAUAAUAGUAAUUAUUGAAGUUGGGUAGAGCUGGUCGGAGUGAGCACGCUCUGACUUGUUGAAAUGGGAAGUGAUUCUGUGUGAGUGUGUCUGGAUCAGCAGCAGCAGACUCACCCCCCCCCCACCCUCUACACUGCUCUGGAGUGACUUGAACACAACCCCCCAUCUGUGAGAAACACGGCAAGUUCAGUUCGCAGUUUGGACCGCCUUACUACAACAGUGUGCUGCCUUCCAGGAGCCUCUGUCACACACAUCACUGAGAACGUGGACAGGCUCCUAGAACGAACAGGAGACGACCCGGUAGUAGUCGUCCACAUCGGUACAAACAACAUUGGAAGAGACAGACCAAAGUACCUGCAAAACAAAUUCAGAGAGCUAGGAAGGAAAUUAAAAGACAAGACCAAAACUGUGGUAUUUUCUGGGAUACUGCCGGCACCUUGCAAAGGACCAUAUGGACAGCUGGAAAUACAAAAUCAAAAUGCAUGGCUGAAAUCGUGGUGCACACAGGAAGGCUUUACCUUUCUUCAACAUUGGAUCACAUUCUAUAUAGGCGGGACGGACUGCACUUAAAUAAAAAGGGAACCAAUCUACUCUAAGAAAGGAUCCUUGAGAAGGUUCAGAAGUAUUUAAACUAGAAAGGAAGGGGGGAGAAAUCAACAAAAAAGCAGAAGGGAGACUACAUCAAAACAAGGGCAACAAUUCAGGAUGGAGCGGAGGAGUGAAGACGCUCUGCGGAUGAACCUGCUGAAGAGAGGCUUGGAGCAGCAGCAGCAGCAGCAUGAGGACAGGGAGGAGGCCCUGGCCAAGAGGCUGAAGAUGGAGGGUCACGAGGCCAUGGAGCGCCUCAAGAUGCUGGCCCUGCUGAAGCGCAAGGACCUGGAGGGGCCGGGAGCCGGGCCGGAGCUGGGGCAGGGGGGCAAAACUGUGGGGGCAGGGGGCGGGUAUGAGGAGAAACACAACGGCAGCCUGCGAGCUCACCCGGACCCCCGCGUGGGGGGCAAGACUGGCAAAGAGAACAUGGGGGAGGAGCCGGUGGAUAUGAGCGCGCGCAGGGGCGAUGUGGACCGCGAGCGCCGAACCCCCUCCCCCGAUAUCAUCGUGCUGUCGGACAACGAGGCGUCCAGCCCGCGAUCCAACUGCUGCGUGGAGGAGCGGGUUAAAGCAGCCAGCCUGGAGAUGUUCAAGGGGAGGAGUGUGGAGGAGAGGCAGCAGAUGAUCAAGCAGCUCCAGGACGAGCUGCGGCUGGAGGAGGCUCGGCUGGUGCUGCUCAAGAAGCUGCGGCAGAGUCAGAUCCAGAAAGAGAAUGUGGUGCAGAAGGUGCCAGUGGUUCAGAACACCCCCUCUGCGGUCCAGCCCCCUCAGAUCCAUGCCUCCCAGCAGGGCCUGUCAAAGAUGCCGGUCCGGCCCGGAAUCCACUCCGAGCCGCAGAACCUGAGGGCUGUGCAGAGUCAUUCAGUGAUCAGAUCUGCAGCCAGCUUGUCGCUCGCCCCGAUGAUGAUGUCACAGCGUGUGAUUGCCCCCAACCCCGCCCAGUUACAGGGUCAGAGGUUACCGCCCAAACCUGGCAUCGCCCGCUCCUCGAGCAGCAUGAACACUGCCGUCAACUACCAGCAGUCGAGCCAGCAGGGGGCAGCGUCACAGCGCUCGGGCUCCUCUGCCAUCUACAUGAACCUGGCUCACAUCCAGCCGGGCGCGGGGAGCUCCUCCCCCCUGCCCAGCCCCAGCGCCCCCCUGCCCGACCCCGUCAGCAGCCAAGCUGCUGCCAAGCUGGCCCUCCGCAAGCAGCUGGAAAAGACCCUCUUGGAGAUCCCCCCGCCCAAGCCCCCCACCCCCCUGCUGCACUUCCUGCCCUCCGCGGCCAACAGCGAGUUCAUCUACAUGGUGGGGCUGGAGGAGGUGGUGCAGAGUGUCAUCGACAGCCAGGGUAAGCUGCGUGGGCCCCUGUCCCGCAUGCAGCCCUUCGUGUGCGCGCAGUGCAAGACGGACUUCACACCCCACUGGAAGCAGGAGAAGAGCGGCCGCAUCCUGUGUGAGCAGUGCAUGACCUCCAACCAGAAGAAGGCCUUGAAGGCGGAGCACACCAACCGGCUGAAGAACGCCUUUGUGAAGGCACUGCAGCAGGAGCAGGAGAUUGAACAGAGACUUCAGCAGCAGGCUGCUCUCUCCCCCAGCUCGGCCCCCACUGUGCCCAGUGGCAGCAAAAGCGAUAACCUCCUCCGGCACCACGCACUGCGACAGGUGAGGCAGCUGGAGGAGCGUGGCCGAGCGCUGGAGCGUACAAUGGGAAACUAUACCCUGCACACAGGGCACUGCACUGGGGAGAGAACCGCUCCGCAGCCCCAGGCCCCUAUGCAGCGGGGGCUGUCCGGGUCGGCCCGUGGUGUGCUCUCUAACUUCGCCCAGGCGUCGCAGCUCUCCGUGGCGAGCGGGCUGCUCGGCAUGCCAGGUAAGCGAGCGCCAGCAAGCAGAGGGCAGCCCGAGGGAAGACGGCAGCUGUAUAACAUUCCAGGUGUGAACAUCGCUUACCUGAACGCAGCCGGGGUCGGGGGUCACAAAUCGUCCAGUCUCGCUGACCGCCAGCGCGAGUAUCUGCUGGACAUGAUCCCGCCGCGGUCCAUAUCGCAGACCAUCAGCGGUCAGAAAUGAAACUAACCAGAACCGACACAGUCAGAGCCCCGCCCCCUCUCCUGGCCCCUCCCCCUCGCAUGCAGUGCCUGUACUUGUGCCUACAGAAAAAAAAAUAUAUAUUAUCAAACAGCGCAGAACUGUACAUGCAACUUUAAUAGCCCCCGUUAUUGUUAUUCUCACUGUUUUAUUUUUGGGGUGUAACGCUAUAGAGGAGAGACAUGCUUGGAUUUGCGGACUAAGGCCAGACCAGACAGUUUAAUGAGUUAAUGAGAAGCCUUCAAUUACCCCCUUACCUUGUUAUGGUGUUUGCAAUCAAUCUGAAUGCUUCUUAUUCCAAUAACUAAAAUCUUACUUUUUGAUAAGUCUCUAUUAAAUGUGCUUUGAGUUCAGGAGUUGCCUGCCAUAGUUGUAAUGUCUUUAUUGGUUUCUGUUGGUAAGUGCACAGCCCUGCCAGCAAUACACAAAGGAAGCUUGGAAGUGGAUGAUAACUCAGUGCUCCUGCUUCUAAACAGACUGCCCUUGUUAAACAUGCCUGUAACAGACAACUGGAACAGAAGAGCAGCUCCUGGACUCCUGAGCACCUUGACACGUAAAAUCAAGCACUGAGUUCAUUGCAAUAAGAACAAAGGCCAGGGGAAGGGAAAAAUGUCAUUCAAAUCUACUCUUUAAAAUGAAGUAAUCGUGAAUCCUGAGAGAGCGAGAGAGAUACAAGCAUUAAAAGUCCUUUUCAAUUAAUGAGCUCUAAAGCACUCCCCCGCAGCUCUCCAGCGCUGCUUCCCUCUAGAGCUCUAAAGCACUCUCCCUCAGCUCUCCAGUGCUGCUUCCCUGUAGAGCUCUAAAGCACUCUCCCUCGGCUCUCCAGCGCUGCUUCCCUGAAGAGCUCUAAAGCACUCUCCCUCAGCUCUCCAGCGCUGCUUCCCUGUAGAGCUCUAAAGCACUCUCCCUCAGCUCUCCAGCGCUGCUUCCCUGAAGAGCUCUAAAGCACUCUCCCUCAGCUCUCCAGCGCUGCUUCCCUGAAGAGCUCUAAAGCACUCUCCCUCAGCUCUCCAGCGCUGCUUCCCU